CUCAGAUAAAUCAACGGACUAUUAUUAUCGCUGCGGCUAGUUCAUUGAUAUUCGUUGAUUUUUACAUAAAAAGAAGGGAACAUGAGUCAUCUAUAGUGGUUUAGAGUUGUGUAGUAUUGCAACAGCAAUUGGAUGGUGGGAGAGUUCCUCUCCUAUAAUCAUUUUCCAAUGUUUUUACUCGGUUUUAGCGUUAUAAAGGGCAGGUAGCUAAUGGCGGAUCUUCUUACACCGGGCGACGUGGUGAGGCAAAGAUGGAAAAUCGUAAGUAGCGAACGCUUGACUUUUUAAAACUAGUUCCGUCGGGAAAUAUUUUUUAAAACGUUCAACCUCGUGAUAUUUACCUUUCUAUGUUGUUAAUUAAAGUUCCCUUGUUAUAACUUUCGACUAUUUUUUGUGCCUGUGAGUUUCGAUUCGUCUCCCUAAUUUCAGUCUCAAGUGUAAAUCUAAGGAGGCAACCGCGCAGUCAUAAUCGGAACAGCUGAAACUUUUUUCGCACUAGUGGUUGAUAUUAUUGCUUUUCCCUGGUGUACAUAAUGGAGGAACGAGGUCGACUCGCCGACAUUUAAUUCUAGAUUCUCGGAACACAUAAAGUCGAACUGCUUACAGAAAUUUCCGUGAUUUCGCAACCUAGCGAAUUUCAAGGAAAUGCCGGCUCGAUUUAGUAAUCGAGACUGAAGUGGGACUGCAACACAAAUCUAUGUUUAAACUCGGCCAUAAUCUGCGCUAGCUUACAAUCGCCAGUAGUACUUUUAAAUAGCUGGCUGCAGGGCGAAAUUUUUUAAAUACAGAAAGGCAACAGUACAUACACUCAAUGUUUUAUUCCAAAACUGUACUUUGGCCAAUACUGCUGUGCAAAUGUAAAUAAUUGUGUACAUGUCAAGGCUACCUGUAGAUAAUUCUCCUUUUGUUUGUCAUUUUAUCAUUUCUGCAUGUUGAAUGUGACAAUUCGCAUUGAACUCUCUUAAGUUUGCAUCCAUCGCGAGAGCAGACUUUAUUCUGCAGUGAACCUUAAAUUAGCUUUGUCAAUAACUCAUCUUUUGUAAGAUUUUGAUCGCUAGUUACAUAACGAACGUCCGCAUAAAUUGAGAAUGUCAUGUUUUAAUUACAUAGUGUCACAAUCGUUUUUAUCAAGUGCAUCCUUUUCUUUUAACCAACAGGACAAGAAGAUCGGUGGCGGUGGAUUUGGUAAGUGAAAUUACUUCAAUUUUAAAGGUCACACUCUGUUUUUACCAGUGCAGUAGUAAUUUCGUUAUUUAGGAUAUUUUGUGUAUGUCGACACAACCUCUUAUUACUGCCAUUCUGGUAGACCUUCCACCCAAAACAUUUUUCUUUAUAUGGUCGUUUUUCUUUAAAUAGAGCGACUUUUUGACUAGUGACCCAAAGGUCAAAUGGAUUUUAUAUUCAGAAACUCAACAUAAAAUCACGAGGGCUCAAAAUUUUGAAGUUGGACUUGUUUUUUACUGGGUGUAAACAGGAAGUUUAAAUAAGUUGAAAUUUUAUGUUUUGAGGUGAAGAUAUUGUAGCAGCAUGAGGAUAUUGCAUCUGAUAUAAUACUGGUUGUGAGGGUUCAGCAAAGGUUUAAUUUUCUCACCAUUAUCAACAGACAAUCAAACAUUGUGUAUUUGAACCUAAUCAAACUCCAGCUUAUUUGAACACAGCUUGGUAAUUUAAAAGAGCACUCAAGCAGAGAUGUUUUAUCAACAAUUAAUAAUUAUUUACAAUACCCGCUAUUUAGUUCAAUUUUGUCUUUGAAAUGGGACAAUUUGGUGUCAUUGAGAUAUAAUUUAAGCACUAUGAAAAGUAUUGGCUGUCUGAUCAAAGUGCUUGAAUUACCCAAAAUAUUUUUGAUUACUGGACUCCAUCCAGUUUCUGAAUUUGGUAGGGUUUGUUGUUUGUCACUGAGGUUGGUUGAAUUUGUACCUUAAAACUCAGAUUUAUUGCACAUGUGUUCAUGAUUUUGGGGAUUUUAGACUGUUGCUUCCCAAAUUUUUCUCAAAGAUAAAUAUUUAAUCCCAUUUUCUUUUUCAGCUUAUAUAAAUAUUUACUAAUCUUGAAUGAGAAAGCUACAAAUCAUGGCAAUAUUCAACAUAAAUUUCAUUUUGUAAUCAUACUUGUAGUUGAGGCAAUAUUUUAAAUUAAGUCUGUUUACCAAAAUUUAUUUUUUUAAAAGACUUGCUUCUGCUUUUUAUCAAGCAUUGGAUGAUGAUGAGAUUGCAUGAGAAAAUUGUAAAUGAAAAGUUAGUAUUGAGUGUUUUUUUUCUAAAAGAAGCAUCAGGUCCUCAAGGUUAACUCUAAGAGCUUAGUCAAUAUAACAGUAUUUUGAAAUGAGUGUGGUGUAGUUUUUGUUGUUCAUGAAUGCAGCAACAGAGUUUUGUACAACAGUCUUCCUGUUACAGCAUAUCCUUAUUCAGACCUUUUUGUCCAAAAAAAAAAAAAUUUAUUAUAGCUGAGUUCUGACUACUUCAAGUUGUAACACAUGCAUUUGUUCCAUGAGAAUUGCUUUAAGAGAUCCUGACUUCUAGUAUGUUCCUACUUGCAUGCUAUAAUUGGGAUGACUUGGCAAACAACUAAAUACUGAAAAAGGGAUCAAUAUAUAUUCACUUCUGAAAUCAGAAAUUAACAACACUUGACAUGUUUAGCUUUAAUUAAUGGUAAACCUGAAGACAAAAUGCUGAAAAUAUUGAAAAUGAUGAAUAGUUAUUUGUAAUGGUGUAUCAAUCAGACCUUAACUUGCCCAUUUGGACUGAAUUACACCUUACUUUGCUAUCUUUGUUUUUUACAGCUACAUACUCUCUUGAACUCUACAGAUAUCAUAGUCAUGUGACAUCUUUGACUCUCAGAAUAAAAGAUGUCAGUAGACUCUAACACAUGUUAUUUUUGACUCUUGUCAAUACAGAUAAAGGAAAAAGUUUUAUUUUAAAAUGAAUAACAAUUAACUCGUCCUUACGUAGCCACUUCUCAAGGGCACUAAUCACUUCCUAUUACGACAUGAACAUACUUGAAAUGUACUAUUUUCCUUAUUGGAUAACUACGUCACUGUGGUUGUUUAGUUUGUUAAUACAUUGUAUAUUGGCAAAGAUGUUAAUUUCUACCUGUGUCAUAAAGUGUUAUUUAUUACGUGAAACUUAAGUGGCAGAAUGAUGUUUUUAAAAUUUAGAUGGAAAGGUAAUAUUGAUGGUUGAGAAGCCAGUUUUGCACAUAAAAUAUAAUCCUGUCAAUAACUUUGUGAAAGAAUUCUCAGUUGAUCAAAUUAGUUGUGCCAAUUAAAAACUUUGAGAAUCACAAAUUUGUACAUGUGUAUGCAUGUUUCUUGUAAAAAAAAUUACCAUUUGCAAGGAUCAUUUUGAUAUUAUUGGCAUAUUAUGUGAUCUCUUUGUUGAGAAGUAAAGAAGUCAUUGUCAGAGUCAAAUGAGUUUGUCAGUUGAUUGUGAAUGGAAUAUGAAAGACCAGUUUUGUAUUCUUUUAGUAGUGAACUAUUUUAGUGUAAAAUCCAAAAAAGUAUGAUUGUGCAUUGAGAAGAUUGCUAUUGGGUGGCAGUUUCAGGCAUUUUUUUCCCUCUAUUGUACUUUAUAUAUUUAUUUUAUUGAUGUACUGGUAUUGGUCCCUUGGUUUUUACCCUCAAAAUUUUAAAUGUCACUUAAGGGAACUUUCUGGAGUUUUGAGUUGACUAUACAUUGUUACUAGGGGAGAAUCAUUAAUCAUCUAAAUUUAAUUUUGUAACCUUAUAUAAAUUUUAGGGGAGAUCUACUCUUCCUUGGAUUUUGUUUCAAAGGAAUCAGUCGCCCUGAAGGUGGAGUCUGUAAACCAGUCCAAACAAGUCCUCAAAAUGGAGGUGGCUGUGCUGAAGAAGCUCCAGGGUAAGGGAAUUUUUACUAUUAUAUAAUUAAAUUUUCUUUUUAUGCCAACCCUAUUCACUCUUGAAUCCAAAGUCUUGAAAAUUAUGCUAAUAAAGAGCUAGCUGGUUAACUGUGCUAGUCAUUGUGCAGGGUUUUGCUAAGUCAUUUGCAGUUAUUAACUAAAGAUGGGUCCAAUAGAUUGGCUGUGGAGUACCAAAAUUUUAAUUGUUGCCCAUUUAUGAAGAUCCUUGUGCAAGGGUACAUGCUCUUGCCUGACCUUUAAAAGGAAAGUGCUUUGUUGAAGUGUUAAUUAAGAAAGGCAUGAUUGUUUAAUUUUACAAAGUUUGCACUUGCAACUCAUUUGACUAUGUUUAACUUUAUUUAACUUUAUUUGCUGUAGGCUGUAGCCACGUUUGCAAGUUUAUAAGCUGUGGCAGAAAUGAGAAUUUCAACUAUCUUGUGAUGUCACUACAAGGCUCAAACCUUGCUGAGUUACGUCGAAGCCAGCCCAAGGGAGUCUUUUCUCAAAGCACUAUGCUGAGACUUGGUUUUCAGAUUUUACGGUCUAUAAAAGCCAUCCAUGAAGCUGGAUUUUUACAUCGAGACAUUAAACCUGUAUGUAUGGACCAUUAUAAUAUUAUUAUUAUUUUAGAGAAAACAUUUUAACUGGAGAUGGUGUACAAGGACAUAGGCUUAAAAAUUAGUUAAGGCUGGAUAAAACUCAGAAAACAAUGAGCACCUGAAAUAUAUCUGGAAUUUGUUUUGUGUUACAACCAAUUACAUGAAAGAUCAGAGGGCCAUGUAGUUAUUACAGGCCGGUUUUAUCACUUAUUUGUUUGUUCUCCCUUACACAAAAAUGUUCUAGAAAUAUUUAUGGUAUUAAGAUUUUUUGAGCUUUAUUGUAAAAUUGGUGUUUUUUCAGCAUUAAAGCAUUUGUUUUGUAUCAUUGACUAAAGAGGGCUAGCUCCGGAUCUAAAACAUAGUUUGUACAAUAAUGGUACAAAAUGUGCUUCAGGUCCAAAGCUAGCCUUGCCUAACUUGUUUUACUGGGUUUAUUAUCCAUUACAAUCUCGCAACUAUCUAGUGCUAUGUUAGUUGAUGUGUAGAUGAGUUCUUAACCCAUUUGCUCCCAAGAAUUUACACCUGUCUUAUCAGUUCUCCACACUGUCUGUUAAGGAUCUAAGAGUUUGGUAUAUGAUAUUAAUUAGUUUAUAAUCCCUGGGUGAUGGAUCUCUAACUUCUGAUCACCUCUUUGGAAAAAAUGUGGAUACUAUAAGGAUAAAUUAUUUUUGGAUAUUUCAAAGUUUUUCCAUGGCAUGUUUAUCUCUCUGCUUGGUAAUGGAUUGUUUGAGAGGACACUCAUAUUUCAAUCAGACCUCUUAUUGACAAGGUUCCUUUUAUAGUGCUACUUUAAGCAAAACCAAGAUUAAAGUGCAAAAUUAUAUAUUUUUUGAUGAGGUUGUUAUAUUUUCAGUCUAAUUUUGCAAUGGGCAAUACACCAGACACUUGCCAUUCCUGCUUCAUGUUGGAUUUUGGUCUGGCGCGGCAGUACACCAAAAGCAAUGGCGACGUGAGACCAGUAAGUACCAAUAUCUCCAAUAGCUAGCAACAUCAAGGCUGCUAGACAGUACAUCUUUAAAAUUUCCUUUAAAAUUUCUCCCUGGAUGGGCAGAAAAGAUUUCUGAAUCCUUUCAGAAAAAAGAAAAGUUUCACUGAGUGGUUUUCAACAACAAUUUAGAAAACUGUUGUUUUAUUUCAGUUAAAACCAACUUGUUAUUAUAGUAUGGAAGGAGAGAAUUCUCAAAAUUCAGCGAAUGAGCUGGUAGGCUUAUCAUAGAAGAAUUUUUCUCAGCUUUUGUGGUUUGAAGCAACUAGUAGUGUUGCUGGGCUCUCCUGGAUGGGAUGACAAUGUGUCACAGAGGGUGUUACCCCAUAGCACUUUCUCAGGUUUCCUGCAAAUUUGCUGGUACCAAUUGGUACCCAUGAGUGAUGGGAGGCCCUGUGAGAGUGAUGGGUCAACUCUCUAACAGUGUUGUGGCUAGGGCCUUGAAGUCAGGCUAUUUUAUCAAUGGCUUAGUAAGUUAAGGCCAUAUUGGGUAAGAUGACUUUUUAUUGUUUUGUGCUUAUUUGUUUUUUUUCCAAGGCAAGGAACUCUGCAGGGUUUAGAGGGACUGUUCGGUAUGCAUCCAUCAAUGCUCAUGACAAUAAGGUGAGCAAAACAUGCCCUUGCAUCCAUUCUGCAGAAGUUUUCCUUUUAAUUUCUUUAGAAAUCUAUGGCAAUCAGUCGGGUGUGUUAAUGAUAAAAUCUCCCUCCUCAAGCUAGCUGCUUGAAAACUUCCUCAUAAUCCUGCAAUGCAAUGCUGUGUCAGGCACAACAUUUUAAAAAAAAUGGAGUAUGUUAUACUCACCUUUUAUGUCCAGAAAUGCACAAGUAAACGUUGGUGUUAAUUUUUUUAUCCAGACUCAAAGGCAGUAAGCAACGAAACGGUGUUGUCAUGAUAUUACUGAAGAAGUGAAUGGUCACUUGGUUUUGUCUCAUUGAAUUAAAGGUAAAGCGUCUGUUUCUUUGACAGGAAAUGGGAAGACAGGAUGAUUUGUGGUCAUUCUUCUACAUGAUGGCAGAGUUUGCAAAUGGACAUCUACCAUGGAGAAAAAUGAAGGAUAAGGUACAUAACAUGUAGAUAUUUUACACGUUCCUAUCCAGACAUUGACCUUCACUUUAUUGUUUGGACGUCAUCAUCAAGUCAGGAAACUGCAAUGGGAUGAACACCGAUGUUCUUAUCACAUGUUAAUGUCUUCUGUGACCUGUUACUGAACACACUCACGGCAACAUGGAAUCUCUUUGUUUUAGUUGGUAACAAAGCAAAAUGUUGUGAAUGGUGACAUCUAUAUGCAUCUGUCCUUCAAUGUGUGUGUCAUUCAGCCAAUCAUACUAAUAAUGAUGAAAAUAUUGUACAGGAACAAGUUGGAAAAAUGAAGAAAAGUUACGACCAUCAGUUGUUUCUGAAGUCGCUUCCUUUGGGCUUUAGACAAUUUCUGGAUCACAUCUACAAGCUGAAGUAUGAAGACAAGCCAGAUUACAAGGUGAAAGAACAAGCAUCAAUUUGAUUUGAAUUAUUAUUCCACAGUUGUCCCCAAAUACAUGUACUAAGUGUUCUCCUUUCCGGGCGGUGACCGGUAAAGCUUCCCGCCUUUAUUACCUCUCAUUACUGUCUAAAUCGCCGGUUAAGUAAAUUGUUAUAACUUCUCCUUGUUUUUUUUUUUAUAUUUUAUUGUGUUUUUCCGUUUUACAUUAAAAAAAAAAAAAAAAAAAAAAAAAAAAAGAAAAUUACAGCAGUAUAAAGUAAAUAAAAUUGUAUAAGGUCAGUAAAUAAAUAAAUCAAUAAACAAAAAUAUUAAUACAAGGCUACCCAAGGUAAAGUUAUUUCAAUGGAGUGAUUGUAUAAGUUUUCCCAUUUCAUUAAGUGCAAGUUUAGUUUUUUUCUUUUCUUUAGCUAGGUAUUCUUCUAUUCUAAAAAUUUUUUUAAGGUGCGCGAGGAAGAUAAUAAAGCUUGGGGUAAUAGAUUUCUGUCUGCCGAGAAAGAUGGUCUACUUCGCUAUUAACAUGAUGUGAUUUAAAAGCAUAAAGUGAUUAUCGACAUCAAAUAAGCCAAACAUAAUAUUAAUUUGAUCUGUUAGAUCAGGAAGCGUUUCAAUACCGCAUUCAUGUAACCAACUAGAGAUUUCUUUCCAGAAGGCUCUAGAAUGUUCACAAAAAACAAAAAGAUGUUCAACUUCUCCUUGUGAUUCUGAUACACUUUUAAGUAGACAGGUUAUUGGAAUAUCCAAAUCAGGGUGGGAAAAUUUUAAACCAAGUAAUAUUGUUUUGAUCCUUCAGCAACGCUCUAGGACAGACAAGCCAACCAUAAAAUCAGUUAUAAUCAGCUGGGUGGAAAAAAAAGUCUCAGAUCUUGUGAGAGCUUUUAAAAACCACAAGUAGUCCUUCCUUUUUGGUGAAGACCGCGGUGCGCCAACCACAAUCUUUUUUUUUUUUUUUUUUUUUUGGCUGUUUUUUUUCGGACUUGCGCGUCGGAUUUCUCCGAAAAGGAAGGACUGCUCGUAGUCUAGGAAGUGCUGACAGUCAAAAUGGAUAUCCUCUAUUUCAUUGCCAUUCUUCCUUGCAGAUGCUCAUUUCCAUUGUGGAGAAAGCGAUCGCUAAGAAGAGUAUAAAAGAAAGCGACCCGUUUGACUGGGAGAAAAUGCCGUGUGAUGUUUCACAGGCCACAACAACCACCAGCACUCCUCCCGUGGGGCAAAUAUACACAACCCCUCCGGAUAACAAGCCCGGUCCGCCGAACCAUCAUGCCUCGGACCGAGUGUCGCCCAGUAUGGACAUGUUGGAAGAUCACAGUGCCGAGCAUGGCAAUGAAGCGAACAGAAAGGAUAACGUUCCGAAGAAUGGCAACACUUACUACAAGUUUGGCACAACAGACAGAGGAGUGAUACAGAAGAUAAGAGAAGUACUGGACGCUGUGGAAAAAGAAAAUGGGAAUUUCUUGAAGCCCCAGGCUGUUUUUCAAAAGGCGACCAAACAGGUAUAAAUGUUUUGAUGUAUAUUAGUCUAAUGAUUUUCGUGUAGUCUUAUGAACCAUUUCAUGCACUGUAAAUAGAGUAUACUCCACCCGCGAUCGACUAACAUCCCAUGGGGGUGGGGGUGGGGGGGGGUGGGGUAAUAAUACUUCUAGUCGCUUCAUGUACAGAAAUUGGGAGAAGUUCUGAGUGGAUGGGCCACUUGGCACGAAUGCAGACUUAACAUACCUGUAACUAUAAAUUCCAGAAUCUGUAUCAAACGGAAACCCUUUGUUAAGCCUUUAACGUCUAAGAGUGAAUAGCAUCUAAUCUCUCCUUACAGUAUCACCCCUGAAUCAAACAUUAAGGUCAUGAGAACAAUGGAAAUGAUCAACAAGUACAGGAGCUCUUGAUUGUUAAGCAAAAUCUCCUUGUCAGCACAUUAGGAAAUGUAUAGAAAACAGUAUAGAGAAUGUGCAUGCUGAUCUUAGGAUGUAAAGGGUUAAGCAGAGGAGCACGAAAGCCCACGAAACUCAAUAAUUGCAAGAAAAUUACCUCAUAUCCUUUCCCUUGUAGGAGAAAUCAGUGAAUGGAGAAAUAAAACUGGAAACGCCAACAUUGAUUUCAGCAAUCGUUCAAGAUGUCCAAAUGGCAAAGAUUGGUGGCAAAGAAAACCAGCGCAUGGUCGAUGAACCAGACUAUAAGGAGAUCGAAAUUAUACCUGUUCCUCAAGUCAGAAUGAACGAUCAGCAAAAUAGGAAACUGGAUGUGAAUGAUCCCGAUGACUCAGGGAAACCAACGACGGAGACGAAUGUGGCUGUGGAAUUAGGUGGAAUGGACUUGGAUAAAGUCGAAGAUAUCAAUUCUCCAAAUCUGCCACAGAGGAAAAUAGGGGUGGCUUCGUUAGAAACUGAAUUCAAAAGGGAACAAACUUCCCCUACGAUGCUAAUAUCUCAAGACUCCCCCUCUGUUGGGAUUCAGGUGCCGGGUACUUCUCUAUCUGUCAUUAGAGAACUGUCAUUGCCAGACUCCAAACCAGCUGAAGUUGAUGUUUGCGGAGUUGAAGCGAAACCGGAACUUAUCGAGGAAAUGGAGGAAAGGCGAUUUGCGUCUCUGUGGUCCCCUGGGGUGGUCGAGGACCAGCCAGUUGUAUACAUGCCCCCACCGGUGGUAGAAACAGAAUGUGUGGAGGAAUUAGAGGAGCUGGCUAAUGUAGGCAGGAAGGAGAGACAAGUAGGGAGCAGUCAUCAUUUGUCAUCCCAUCACCAUCACCAUGACGACAUGAAGAAGCACUUGCGAGAGUUACCGCUGGACUCUGAGCCCGUCAGACAUAGCAGUGACGACAAGAAAACUCAUGACGAGGUUAGCAGUCAUAAACUGGAUCAUAGGUCUGCGGGAGAUUCUCAUGAAGGACACUCCAGAAAUUUGUUCCGCGUGCCGUCCAUACUUGAGCAAAUGGUCGAGGAGGAGCCGGCGGAGGUUGCAGAGAACAGAGGUCUGUUCCGUGUUCCCUCUGUUUUAGAGCAGAUGAUGGACGAACCACCCGUCGAGCCGGCAGACAACGUUCCUCCCUCCCCUGGCGUGGACGAAUACAGACUUGAUUCGGCGGAAUUCGUGUCAGACAAGCACGACGGGUCUUCUCAUUCGCACCACGCUCUUCACAUGCCGGGAUCAGCCAUGGCUGCCGUCACUACUUGCAGGGAUUUGCACUUCAGAGACAGCGAAGUUGGGUUUAUUUUGGGAGACACCGAAGUUGCUCCCGCAGCAGAUUGCAAUUCAUCAUUUUCACACGCUUCAGAGGGCGAGAAUUCUAACGAAGAAAAUGGCACAGAGUUUCCCUUGGAUGAAGAAGAUAAGGCAGAUCGCAAUCAUUCGCGACCCUCGCAAGAAGAUAAAGGUGAAAGUAACGACAGACGUAUUGUUUCCUUAUCAAAUGGAGGUAACGAGGAUUCGGUUGUUUCAAACGAGAAACAUGUCAUUGAAACGUUAGUAGGAACGAAAGAAACGACAUAUGAGAAAAAUGACGAGGCAAUGAUAAAUGAAAUUCCACAGAUUUCGGAGGAGUUAAGCAAACAAGAUAAGAAUGUACUCUUCUUUAUUGGCGAUCACAACGAAGAUACGCCUGAGUAUAGUGAACCACUGUACUCCGGAGAAGAAAACCUUGAUAAUAAUUUCUUCUCUGAAGGCCAGCCAGAAAAGCCUGCCGAGAACUUGAAAAAUGCCAAAGAGAGUUUAAACGAGGCUUACAUAGGUCGCGAAGAAGGCGAACAGUCACUUGAUGUUGCCGAGCCUAAAAUACCUACUUUAAAUGAACUCUUUAACAACGAUGAAGGGGAACCAGACUUUGCGGACGACGUGGUCGACGAUUACUGGGCACUAGAAGAACCUAGUGAUAACCCGGACACACGGGACCAUGGUGACUUGGAGACGAGUGAAGAUUCUCAUCAGGGUGACGAGUUGCUCAGACCCAAGCCUCCUCCAGGACGGUCAGAACGAGGUUGUAUUUCAGCCAGGUAAGGUUAGAUGAGUUCCUUUUGCCAUGUCGUGAUACAUGUAAGGAUUUCAUAGCUACGCUGUGAAAGGAGUUCAAGGUCAGCUGGAAGGAUCUUCUUGUUAGAAAGAAAGAAAUUCCGAAAGUCCUGUGAUGGAGUAGAAGAGUGAGUUCAAAGCAAAGAAAAGACAGACAAAGUACAUGUGUACCGCCAUUGUCAAGUUCAACAUUGAACUUACCCCCUUCCUCAAAGUUUCAGAGUACAAAAUCUAAUCCGUCUCCCUUCUCGGUCGUAAUCUACUUCCACCCACAACCCCAGCCUGAUAUUCUUUGACCGAAGUCUUACACAACACACACACACCCCCCCCUUCGGACCCGUUGUUUUUUGACUGACAUCUUAGAUAUGCAGUUUUCUACUUUUCUCUUUCUUUCCCCCCCCCUCCCCCCUUCGGACCCGUUGUUUUUUGACAGACAUCUUAAAUAUGCAAAUUUUUUACCUCUACUUCGCAACUUGCAAAAUAACCGCGCGAGUCAUGCGUUUCACCUGUUGACCCCUAAGAGUAACUAACAUCUAAUUUCUCUUUACAACAUCACCCCUGAAUCAAACAUUAAGGUCAUGAGAACAAAGGAAAUGAUCACAAACUAAGAAGCUCUUGAUUGUUCAACAAAUUCUCCUGUUUAGCACUUUAGGAAAUGUAUAGGGAAUAGUAGGGAGAAUAUGCAUACUGAUGUUAAGGUGUAAAGGAUUAAACCAUCGAAUAAAGUGUUUUUUUUUCCUUAAUGUUUUCAGACUGCGACGGUACAAGCCAACCAAAUCACGCCUGGAUUUCAUCCGCCCACUGGUUGCCAUUAGCGACAAGCCAGAGUUUAUUUGAGCGGCAGUAAGAGAAAUUAAAUACAAAUUUAAUAAAUAUAGUUUUAAAUUAUUAACUCAAAAAGCUGCUAGUAUUAUAGUGCCUCAGUUGACAACCAAUGGCUCUUAAAAGUCAAUUCAGUUGUUUUACGAAUACAGAAGCUACAAAGUACGCUCCGCUGGUCAGCAAAAAUAAUAUGGCUUUUUCCAGUUUGGCGUAAAUCUUCUUUCUUAGGACAACUUUGUUGCUAGAUUUUUUCCAUAGCUUGCUUAGCUGUUAACUCGUUUUCCCUCGCUAGUAUUCUCUGUAGAACUACGAAUACAAAGCCAUCCCUUCAAAAAAUUUUGGAAUACCCAAUUAUGGUAAUUUCGCGGUUUAGGUAUUUCAACAGUUUUUAACUCUUUGAAAUGCCCAAAUUUCAGGGAUGUUAUUUGAAGCGUUUUACGCAUCUCACGGGCCAGAUAAUGCCUCACGGAUUUUGCUUCUGGUCGUAUUGAACGAAAAAUGAACACUCAAAGACAAAUCUUUUUAGCCUGGGUAAGCUUCUUAAUGUGACAAGCAGAUAGGAUUAAUAAAAGGUAAUAUUUUAGAUUCGCCCGUUUGAUGCCACCUAUUAAUUUAUGAAAUUUUCCUUAAAUGUUUUUUGCCAUUCAACACGGAAGUUAGUGGUAAUUAUUUCAUAUUUUAAUAUUUAUAUCGUAGACUAUUUAAUUCUUAGAAAAUCUUUAUUUGUUUACCCAUGGCUCAGAAAUUUGUGUGUCGAACGUUCUCAACACUGCAUUAUGCUCGUUCCCCAUCAUCAAGUUUUUGUAGACUGGAGUCCUCGAGGGACGAGAGGUAAAAGCGAUUGUGUGGUGCAGUAGUUCUCGCCAAAUUAUUCGCUGAAGAGACUGAGAACGAAUCUGAUACUUCCGUAGAGAAAUUGAGCUGACAUUUUAUGUUUUUCGUUUUAGUACAGCGGAAUACUAGAAUACGUUAAUUUGGUUGUAUCCCAAUUUUCGUGUCAUCAAAUUUUCACUAAUCGAAGGAGAAACGCUCUGAAAUUUUAACUCUCAAUUGUAUUAUUUUAAAAAAAUUGUUAGAAAACCUAGCAAUCGUGAACUGUCGAGAAUUCUAGAUUAGCUUCAAUUGGGUUGGGCAGGGGAGGGUUGGUCUAUGCGCGUCAUGAGGGCACGUUACUAUUUGAUAUCAAAUGAGAAUGUUAUUUUAUAGCGCUAACUUAAACAACUAAUUUAAUGCACCUUAU